CGAAAGUUCUUCAGAAAUCAGCCUCAAGUUAUUGGAAAAGAUGUUGAUGUUCCAAACAAAUCUAGUUCAAAAUCACUGUGCUUGUUACUUUUAAGUAGUCAAAUAGAUCUUUAAUUCAAUGUCAGUUGCAGAUACGGAGGAGUUUUUCAUGUUGAGAAAAAUGGUCGCUACAGUCUCACACGAACUGAAGCAGUCGAACUCUGCAGAGCUCUCAAUAGUACCUUGUCAACACUAGAGCAGUUGAAGAAAGCUCAUGAACUUGGAUUUGAAACUUGCAGGUAUGGUUUUGUAGUGGGGGGUAUUGUUAUCCCACGGAUCAAUCCCUAUCACCUUUGUGCAGCAAAUCAUACUGGCAUUUACAAACUUUCAGCAAACACAACCGCUCGAUAUGAUGCGUACUGUUACAAUGCCACAGAAACAAGGGACAAAGCAUGUGAGCCAGUUGAAAGACUAGAUGCUUCUUUCCUCAAUAAUCAGGAUGAAAUAGUCAUUGACAAUGCGGAUGGUUCAAGGUAUAAUGCAGAUGGCACACGUCAUAGUGGAGAGUCCUCAACCUCCAGUGCGGAUGAUGAAAGUGUAGGUAGUGGAUCAGCACAUGACACAACUCCCAUGGAUACCUCCAUCAGGAGAUCCAGCCCCUCAUAUUAUGGAAGUGCUACUCCAGUCUCACAGCUGCCAGAUCAUUCUUCUGGAGGGGGUGAAAAAGAAAAUCCUAGACAAGAUUCUGAUGAUGUAGUUUCUCCUGUAUCACCUGACUUCUCUUCGGUGACGGCAGCUGAUGAUUCCCCUGGAAAAGAUGGUGGACAGUAUCCUGCAAGUACUA